AAAAUGUAGAAAGGCCCAAAUCAAAAUCAUUCGCUUCGUAAACCUAAUUUCAAAUCUUCCCCUUUCCUCUGUCGGCGAUUUUUCUCUCCGGUGCCGUCGUCUUGUUCCCGUUGAACGUUUGCCGUUAGCGCCUACCAUGGAUUCAACUGUAAAGCGAUUCAACCGGUAAGAAUCUACUCUCGUUUCUCUUCGAUUGAGUAGAAUCUCCACUCUUCUGCGUUGUUCUGGCUUUCGGUUUAGUUGACGUUCGACGAUUUGACGAUCUUUGAUCAUAAGUGAUGAACGUUUCUAUGUUAGAGUCUCGAGUGGCGUCUCCUUGCCUAAAAUCUACGAAUCGCCCGCUUUUUUCUGCUAAAUUGGUGUUGAAUCUCAUAGUUUGAUUACUGCUACUCUUCUUCUUCGUUUAAAUUGCUUCUCGGAUGUUUGAUUUGUUAUUUACCUUGGUCUCUUCUCCGUUACUCAGACCUAUGGUAUGCGUCAUAUCUCCUUAGUGAUAGUUUUAGAAGAUUUUGAAUGGAACUUCUGAUUUGUGUGAUAAACAUUUGUUCUUCUAUGCUAUAUUUUUGUUUCUGACGCAGCGUGAUUUAUAUGUUGGUUGCAUUGUGUUGAUUUGCUGAAAUGAUUUUGAUGGUAGAUUUUUUCCAUUGCUCUUGAUUGUCAAGAGCAAAGAACGAAAGGAAAGUGAUGGAGUCAAAACAAGGGAGGUACAAGUCAGAUGUUUACUAGUCCUUUUUUCGAAUUGUGCUGGGUUUCUCUCUUUUUUCCGUUCAAGCAUCGUCCAAAUCCAUUUUCUACAAUAUAAAGGGAAAAGAUUAUCAAAAACAAAUUACCAAUUUUAGAAAAGUUCAGCUUUAUGAACAUGACAAAAGAUUCUAUGUCUCUGAGCCAAAGGAGAUUUCGGUGUUGUUUUCUAAGUCUUGAACUGCUUUGUUCAUUUUAUUUUUCUCUUCUUGUAACUUUUGAGAUUUCUCUACAGUCAGUCUGAGGCCAAAGCUCCACGUUUAUACUUGAAGAAAGAUUCACAGAGACGUGAAACCUAGCAAUGUCCUGAUUGACUCAGAUAUGAACCCUAGAUUGGGAGAUUUCGGGCUCGCGAGGCUUUACGAACGUGGAUCGCAAUCAGGAACCACCGUAGUCGUCGGGACGAUUGGGUAUAUGGCGCCGAAGCUAGCACGCAACGGAAACUCAUCAUCGGCUUCCGACGUUUUCGCGUUUGGCGUUUUGCUGUUAGAGAUCGUCUCGGGGAGAAAACCAACGGACUCGGGGACCUUCUUCAUAGCCGAUUGGGUUAUGGAGCUGCAAGAGAGGGGCGAGAUCCUAAGCGCGAUCGAUCCGAGACUUGGAUCUGGUGGUUACGACGAAGGAGAGGUGAGGCUAGCUCUUGCCGUCGGGUUGCUCUGUUGCCACCAGAAACCGGGAUCUCGGCCGCCGAUGAGAAUGGUGCUCAGGUACCUGAACAGAGACGAUGACGUUCCUGAGAUUCACGACAAUAUGGGUUAUUCAGAUUCUUCAAGAAUCGAUUUAGGAUCGAAACUGGUCGGAUGUGUUUCGUCCGAUAGGGCUUCCAGCUCACUCUCACACUCACACACAUCUUUGUCUCUCACAAGGAUCUCUUCGACAUCUUUUACCAGUGGUAGAUAGUGGCCUUACUUUGACACAUUCAACUGUUCAAGCUCUAACUCUCUCUCUAUCUUUUUUUUUUUUUU